GUGCGCAGGCCGCGCCCGGCUCCCCGGGACGGCCGCGGCCGCCUGCUCUCGGGACUUUCCCGCCGGCGCGGCGUGCCCUCGGGGGCGAGCUGUUCGCGCCCGCGCGUCUCUCCCCGACCGAAUGGUGGCUCUCGGCCGUCUCCGUGUCUCACGUACAGUUUUCCAACUCUUAACUCUGGCCUCUCCCCGGUACCGCUAGCGCCGCGACCCGAAAGAAACGUCCGGACCUCCCGCCCGGGUUAUGAGAGCCCCCUUAGCCGCCGCAGAGCGCUUACCCGGCGCAUCGCCUCUCGGACUUCAUAUCUUUGCUAACUUCAGUGAUGUGAAAAGACCUGACAUGGAUGAUAUUGCUGACAGGGUGAGGAUGGACGCUGGGGAAGUAACUUUAGUGAACCACAACUCCAUCUUCAAAACUCACCUCCCGCUGCAGUCGGGGUUUCCAGAGGACCAGCUUUCACUUCCUGACCAGCAGGUUUUACCUUCCAGGACAGGAAAUUUGGAUCGAUCUUUUACGUGUUCCACAAGAAGUGCAGCUUACAGGCCAAAUUACUACUCAGACAACCCUUCCUCAGAUAGUUUUCUUGGCUCAAGUGAUGUACGGACUUUUUGCCAGAGUGCAAAUGGCCAGUGGAGAAAUUCUACUCCAGUACCAAGUUCAACUUUACAAAAAUCAAGAAACAGCCGAAGUCUUUACCUUGAAACCCGAAAGACCUCAAGUGGAUUAUCAAACACAUUUACAGGAAAAUCAAACCAUCACUGCCAUAUGUCUGCAUAUGAAAAAUCUUUUCCUAUUAAGCCUGUUGCAAGCCCAUCUUGGAGUGGUUCUUGUCGUCGAAGCCUUUUAAGCCCUAAGAAAACUCAGCGACGACAUGUUAGUACAGCAGAAGAGACAGUUCAAGAAGAAGAAAGAGAGAUCUAUAGACAGCUGCUACAGAUGGUCACAGGGAAGCAGUUCUCUGUAGCCAAACCUACCACACAUUUUCCUUUACACCUGUCUCGAUGUCUUAGUUCCAGUAAGGAUACUUUGAAAGACUCAUUGUUUAAAAAUGGAAACUCUUGUACAUCUCAUAUCAUUGGCUCUGAUACUCCAUCACCUGGAUCGGCCAGCAUCUUAACUCCCCAAGAACCUCUGUCCCAUAGCACAUGUUCCCCGUCGUUGUGUGCUCCGGAGAUUGCAUUUGGAUCCAAAGAUUAUGAUCCUUGCCAUCAGUCCCAGCACCACCCUUCUCUUCCACAUCAGCCAGAUAACUUAACAGCAUCGAACACACAAUCUGAAGGAUCAGACUCUGUGAUUUUACUCAAAGUGAAAGAUUCUCAGACUCCAACUCCCAGUCCUACUUUCUUCCAGGCAGAGCUAUGGAUCAAAGAAUUAACUAGUGUCUACGAUUCUCGAGCACGGGAAAGAUUGCGCCAGAUCGAGGAGCAAAAGGCACUAGCUUUGCAACUUCAAAACCAGAGAUUACAGGAACAAGAACAUUCAGUACAUGAUUCCGUAGAACUGCAUCUUCGUGUACCCCUUGAAAAGGAGAUCCCUGUUACAAUCGCCCAAGAAACAGAAAAAAAAAGUCAUAAGUUACCUGAUAGUGAAGAUGAUUUUCCUGAAAUUACAGAGGAAAUGGAGAAAGAAAUAAAGAAUGUGUUUCGUAAUGGAAACCAAGAUGAAGUUCUCAGCGAAGCAUUCCGCUUGACCAUCACGCGCAAAGAUAUCCAGACCCUAAACCAUCUGAACUGGCUCAAUGAUGAGAUCAUCAAUUUCUACAUGAAUAUGCUAAUGGAGCGAAGUAAAGAAAAAGGAUUGCCAAGUGUGCAUGCAUUUAAUACCUUUUUCUUCACUAAGUUAAAAACAGCUGGUUACCAGGCAGUAAAGCGCUGGACAAAGAAAGUGGAUGUGUUUUCUGUUGACCUUCUUCUGGUGCCCAUCCACUUGGGUGUGCACUGGUGUCUGGCUGUUGUAGACUUCAGGAAGAAGAAUAUUACCUAUUACGAUUCCAUGGGCGGGUUAAACAACGAAGCCUGCAGGGUCCUCUUGCAAUACUUAAAGCAAGAAAGCAUUGACAAGAAAAGAAAAGAGUUUGACACCAAUGGUUGGCAGCUCUUCAGCAAGAAAAGCCAGGAGAUUCCACAGCAGAUGAAUGGGAGUGACUGUGGGAUGUUUGCCUGUAAAUAUGCCGAUUGCAUUACCAAAGACAGACCGAUAAACUUCACGCAGCAACACAUGCCGUACUUCCGGAAGCGGAUGGUCUGGGAGAUCCUGCACCGCAAGCUCUUGUGAGACUGCCUCAGUGAGCGGAGCUGACCCGGGGGACCAGCCCUGUGCUGUCCACAGCCAGAGACCUCGAAAACAGCUGCGCUCAGUCCUCUGCUGUGUGUAGCCCUGACCCUGGCCCAGGCCCCGGCAAGAUGCAUUCACAAGCACAUCUGCCUUGCCUUUUGUAUCUCAGAUACUAUUUUUGCAAAGAAACUCUGGUGCUGUGAAAGGGGUGCGGGGCGUCCCUGGGCUGAAGAGAGACUGCUUUCACCUCUUCAGUUCUGCCCUCAUGUUCUUAAAGGGCUCCAGCCUCACUCGGUCCCUGACUAGGGGACUGAGGAAAGCUUGGAAGGAAUCUUGGUUUCUUACAAGCUGUUGUUGCUAGGCCUUACUAAGAAGUAGGAAAGGGCAUGGCCAAGAGGCAGGGCAGGAGCCACCAGCAUUCACACGCACUCAUCCGUGCAUGAUUUGCACAGUGUAGUCAGGAAAGUGUCUGUGAACUGGACUUCGGGGCUCACGUGUGAGUCCGUCUUCGGGACCCUUCCCAUUAUAUGUCCUGUAUGUGAAAACCACCUGCUUCUCUGCAAGCCUGCCUCACCAGUGUCAUUACAUCACGAGCCCCAGGCAGUCGAGUCCCCACGAGGAGGGCUUUGCGUGUGUUCACACACACGUGACAGGGAAGCCCCCCCCCCUGAAGGUUCGUGGGCGGCAGAAGCCCCGUUUCUCGUGUUGCCUGGUUCUGACCAAGAAGAGAAGGACCUCAGACUUCAGCCUAAAGUUCAGUGGUGGAUGAAUCCAGGUCCAGUUGGUCUGUGGCUAGCUUAAGUAUGUUUCUGACCACAGAAUAUAUGUGUGUGUAUUCAUCACAGGGAUGUGCUUUUUUAAAAAAGAAGACUGAAUGUGUUCACCAUUUAGCCUGUAGAUUAUUUUCAUUUUCAAAAUUCUAGCACAGAGAUCCCAGCCCUUAUGUGUAGGGUGUUCGUGGACUUCCUGACAGAAUACUUUGAGGCCUGGGUGAACUUCGCCUUAGGGGUAGAUGUUACUGAUGGGCUAAGAUUUUCAGCUGAAAACACGGGUGGAGUUGGGACUGAUGGAUUUGAAGGUUAAUACCUGCUAUUCCUUUUGUCCUUCUAGCUCUCCCCUGCCCUCUGAGAGCUCCCAGGCUUCGACAGUGAAAUGAUCUGAUGCCAGUGUCAUUUUGUACUGAAGUUCCAAAAGAGGGACAUUUUAUACUUUUUCUGUAUUGUAAUAGGUAGUUUUGUAUAAAACUUUUCUCCCCUACCCUUAGACCUGUUCUUUCCAGCAUUGUGCUUUCUCCCUGGGCUUAUUUGAAGAUUUUACUGUUUUAUACCAAGCUUGUUUAGUACAUUUUUCUAUGUUUUACCACAAGUUACAAUUUGAAAAGAAAACUAUUUUUUUUAAAUAUUCCAUUGUUAAGUGAAUGUUACUGUCUCCACUCCCCCCACCAGUUGUCCUACUUUCUCAUAACUGCCUGCCUGUGGGGGAGACCACGUUGUGUGCUGGCGCUCUUCCCUCCCUCCCUCCCUCCCUUCCUCCCCACCCGCUGGCCCUGCCCGCCACUCUCCGCGCUCCUCCUCCUGCUCCC